AUGUCAAAACUGUGUGGUUUGAACGUAGUUCAGCUACGAGAAUUACAGAAACGAAGCCUUGUCACAAGUGGCAACAAAGAAGUACAAGUAGCACGUCUGAGAGAAGCUCUCAUUGACGAAGGUAAGAACCCAGACGAAUUCAAGUUUGAUGGUGCUGAUGAAGACAAUGAAAUUAGCACAGGCACGUUUUCAACCGCUAAAAUGAUGGAACUUCUGCUUAGUAUGUCAACUGAAAUGAAACAGAUCAAGGAACAGUCCGAACGACAGACAGAGGAGUUAAAACAGAUCAAAGAACAUAACUGUUGGAACGGAAAAGAACGAGCAACAGCACUGAUACUGGCCCUGCGAGGUUCAGCAGCAGAGGUUCUUCAGACGAUUCCGGCGGAGAACCACUUCAACUAUGAAGUUCUGAUUAGCGCGUUAGAUUUACGUUAUGGUGAAGAACAUAUGAAACAGAUUUAUCGGUCUCAGCUUAGAAACAGAACGCAACGAUCUGGUGAAUCUAUUCAGCAGCUGGCACAAGAUAUCGAACGGUUGACAUUGCUGUCGUAUCCGACAUCAGACACCGAGCAUAGAGACGAAACUGCCCUGGAUACGUUUAUCAAAGCCCUUCGUGAUUCGGAACUCAAGCAAUCCCUUCUCUUGUCAGAUAAACGAAAACUCAAGGAUGCCGUUGCGCACAGUCUCACUUUUGAAUCGGCAAAGCAAGCAUCAAAAAGUGACGUACGUCUACGCCAAGUACAUGAAGAAUGCUCUUGCCAGAAGGUGGUUGUGAAACGCAAACCCCAACAGCAUGGUGUACCCAAUGCUGGAUUUGUGGUGAAAAAGGCCAUCUACGUCGUGAUUGUAAACACCGCCUAA